AUUACGUAGUUUUUUUUUUUUUUUUUUUUUUUUUUUUACUACUCCUGUGACUGACUCAUGCUCCUGUUCUCACAGUGUUAAUGGUUUCCCUCUCAGACACACUGGUCCUGAAGAUGGUUGAUUUUGUGGAAGAAAAACAAGACAGAACAGAGUCUCCAGGAUCCAGCCGUCUGUCUCUGAGGAGUGACCGGUCCAAGAGACUUCCUGUGGUCUUCAGCAAUGAACCUGGACCCUCAGACACACAACUGACUCAAGUCCUGGAGAUGGUUGAUUUUGUGGAGGAAGAAGAAGACAGAGCAGAGUCUCCAGGAUCCAGCCGUCUGUCUCUGAGGAGUGACUGGUCCAAGAGACUUCCUGUGGUCUUCAGUAAUGAACCUGGACCCUUAGAGACAACAAAGAGGAAGGCGAGUGGUGAUUCUGUGGAGGAGCAACCGUCCCGCUGUGCUUUGUGUGAAGACGUCCUGAAGGAUCCAGUCUCUACCAGCUGUGGACAGUGGAUCUGCAGACAGUGCAUCACCCCACACUGGGACCAGCCUGGUCCAUCAGGAGACCACUCCUGUCCCCGGUGUGGAAAAACACCCAGAACAACACCUGGACUGCAGACAGCCAGUCAGACCAGCACUGUACAAACAGAUAGUGGUCUGCAGGAGGUUUUAGAUGAACAUAAGAUCAGUCUGAGGAGGAGAUGUGAACGUGUGACUGAAGGAACUGAUGGAACAGGAAGUAGAACCCUCCUCAACAGGAUCUACACUGAGCUCUACAUCACAGAGGGACAGAGUGAAGAGGUUAAUACCCAACAUGAGGUGAGGCAGCUGGAGACAGCUUCCAAGAAGAAGACCCUCCAUGACACUCCAAUCAGGUACCAGGACAUCUUUAAAGACUUACCUGACCAACACAUUAGACUUGUUCUGACAAAUGGUGUCGCUGGCAUUGGAAAAACCUUCUCAGUGCAGAAGUUCACUCUGGACUGGGCAGAGGGCUUGGAAAACCAAGAUGUCAGUCUGCUGGUUCUGCUUUCGUUCAGGGAGCUGAACCUGAUCAGAGAUGAGCAGUACAGUCUUCUCACGCUGCUCCAUGUUUUCCAUCCAACAUUACAGAAGGUCACAGCAGAGAAGCUGGCUGUCUGUAAAGUUCUGUUCAUCUUUGACGGCCUGGAUGAAAGCAGACUUUCACUGGAUUUCAACAACAGGAAGGUUGUGUCUGACGUCACACAGAAGUCAUCAGUCAACGAGCUGCUGACAAACCUCAUCCAGGGGAAUCUGCUUCCCUCGGCUCUGGUCUGGAUAACUUCCAGACCUGCAGCGGCCAAUCAGAUCCCUCCUUCAUGUGUUGACAGGGUAACAGAAGUACGAGGCUUCACUGACCCACAGAAGGAGGAGUACUUCAGGAGGAGAUCCAGUGAUGAAGAGCUGUCCAACAGAACCAUCUCACACAUCAAGACCUCCAGGACCCUCCACAUCAUGUGUGGAGUCCCAGUCUUCUGCUGGAUCACUGCUACAGUUCUGAAGCACAUGUUGACUACAGAGCAGAGAGGAGAGCUGCCCAAGACCCUGACUGACCUGUACUCACACUUCCUGCUGGUUCAGACAAAGAGGAAGAAGAACAAGUACGAUGAGGGACAUGAGACGAGUCCACAGGAGCUGACGGAGGCUGACAGGGAAGUUCUUCUGAAGCUGGGGAGGCUGGCGUUUGAACAUCUGGAGAAAGGAAACAUGUUCUACCAAGAAGACCUGGAGCAGUGUGGUCUUGAUGUGACAGAGGCCUUGGUGUACUCAGGAGUUUGUACAGAGAUCUUCAAAAGAGAGAGUGUGAUCUUCCAGAAAACAGUCUACUGCUUUGUUCAUCUGAGCGUUCAGGAGUUUCUGGCUGCAGUCUACAUGUUCCACUGUUUCACCAACAGGAACACACAGGUACUGGAGGACUUCUUAGGAAAAGGCAGAGGUAGAAAUCGUAGCGAAAAACUUUCCCUAAUUGAUUUUCUUGCAAGAGCCAUGGAGAAAUCCCUUGAAAGUAAAAAUGGGCACCUGGACCUUUUUGUUCGUUUCCUUUAUGGCCUCUCUCUGGAGUCCAACCAGAUACUCUUAGGAGGUCUACUGGGUCAGAUAGAGGACAGUCCAGAUGUCAUCCAAGAAGUCAUCAACAACCUGAAGAAGAUGAACAGAGAUGAUAUCUCCCCUGACAGAAGCAUCAACAUCUUCCACUGUCUGAUGGAGAUGAACGACCACUCAGUCCAUCAGGAGAUCCAAGAGUUCCUGAAGUCAGAGAACAGAUCAGAGAGAAACCUCUCUGUGAUCCACUGCUCAGCUCUGGCCUACAUGCUGCAGAUGUCAGAGGAGGUUCUGGAUGAGUUGUACCUGGAGAAGUACAACACAUCAGUGGUGGGACGACAGAGACUGAUCCCAGCUGUGAGGAACUGCAGGAAGGCUCGAUUUACUCAUUGUGGACUCUCAGAGACUCACUGUGAAGUUGUGGCUUCAGCUCUGAAGUCCAGCCCCUCCAAUCUGAGAGAACUGGACCUGAGUGAAAAUAACCUGCAGGAUUCAGGAAUGAAGGAUCUGUGUGGUUUUCUGAAGAGUCCAGACUGUAGACUGGAGACUUUGAGAUUGAAGAACUGCUGGUUGUCAAAGAUCUGCUGUGCUUAUCUGGCCUCGGUUCUUGACUUCAACCCCUCCUAUUUGAAAGAACUGAAGCUGUCUAACAACCACCUGCAGGAUUCAGGAAUGAAGGAUCUGUGUGGUUUUCUGAAGAGUCCAGACUGUAGACUGGAGACUCUGAGACUGAGCUCCUGCAGUUUGUCAGAGACCAGCUGUGCUUCUCUGGCCUCAGCUCUGAAGUCCAACCCCUCCUAUCUGAGAAAGCUGGACCUGUGGGGAAACAACCUGCAGGAUUCAGACCUGAAGGAGCUGUGUGAUCUUGUGGAGAGUCCAGACUGUCGACUGGAGACUCUGAGGUGGAAGUGAUGAGCUGUAUCCUGAAGAUCCAGAGAGGCUGAAGCAGCAGCUUGUUACUGGGAGGUCGAGUAGAGAGGAGAUGAUGAAUCAUGACAGAAGUCAUUUCACUGCACUUUUCAUGUAGAGCAGAUAUAGACUGUGCCUGUUCAUAACGUCCAUCUGAAGUGAAUCUGAGGCUUCAGCAGAGUUAGAAAACCAGCGUUUCAGUUUCAAAGAUUUUUUUACUUUAACUUUGGAAGAUUUGUUGAACCCUCAUGUUGUCUUCAGCCUUUGAAUGUAUUAUUGUACAUGAGGAACACAUUGUUUCUAUAACUUCCAUUAAAUUAGCAUUAGUGAGGAAUAAUUAUAAAGACUAAGAACUCUUUCAGUGUGUUUAGGGGCGUGUGAAUGUUGAUAUAAGAUUAGAUGUUGAUAUUGAUUUAAUUAAUCACUUAUUACCUAUACUUUACAGAUGGGUGAUAAUUUAAUAGAAAACAGUAUGACAGUGCCUCCAUACUUUUCUUAGGGCACAAGUGGUCACUGAAUGGUUUAAUGAGUUUGAAAAUGAUGUGAAUCAUAUGGUAUAACCUUCACAGUCCAGAUCUCAACCCAGCUGAACACAUAUGGAAGAUUUUGGACUGUUUGACAGUGCUCUCCACCACCACCAAUCAAAACUCUGAAUAAGGGAAUAUCUUUUGGAAGAAUGAUGUUCAAUCUCUCCUGGUGAGACCUGGUGUCCCAAGACCUCACUAAGACACUGGUCUUUCCUUUAAUUUGUCACCUAUCUGUACUUACUAUUCCUUACUGCUUUAUCUUUGGUGUUUAGUUCUGAUGUUUUAUAGCAGAAUAAUUAACAUAUGUAAAUUCAUAUUUCACAGCAUUUAUUAUACAGUCUUCUGUUCUUAUUGCACUCCAACCUUUCUUAAACUGCACACUGUAUUUCUGAGUAAUACUGUUUCUGAUAUAUGUGUGUGUGUGUGUGUGUGUGUGUGUGUGUGUGUAUUGUAUUUUUAUUUAAUUCUACUUUAGUACAUACAGUAUAUAGUGUAUUUUAUAAUAUACAGUUCUGCAGAUCUGCAGCUCUGCAGUUGUGGUUUUAAUUGUAAUUCUCUUGUUAUCCACAGAUUGCAGUAACAUUACUAUUUCACUCUCAAGUCAAUAAAGUCUGUGUCUAUCUACA